AUGUACCUUAACCAGAGCAUGUACCUUAACCAGAGCAUGUACCUUAACCAGAGCAUGUACCUUAACCAGAGCAUGUACCUUAACCAGAGCAUGUACCUUAACCAGAGCAUGUACCUUAACCAGAGCAUGUACCUUAACCAGAGCAUGUACCUUAACCAGAGCAUGUACCUUAACCAGAGCAUGUACCUUAACCAGAGCAUGUACCGGUAG